AUGGGGUUAUUGUCACGGAAAGCCACUUGUAACACUCAUGGGCAAGAUUCUUCUUACUUUCUAGGAUGGCAGGAAUAUGAGAAAAACCCCUACAAUGAAGUCAACAACCCUAAUGGUAUUAUCCAGAUGGGUCUUGCAGAAAAUCAGCUCUGCUUGGAUCUUCUUGAACCAUGGCUGAUGAAAAACCCGGACGCACUGGGUUUGAAGAGAGAUGGAAUAUCCAUAUUCAAAGAGCUUGCUCUUUUCCAAGAUUAUAAUGGCUUCCCUGCAUUUAAAAGGGCAUUGGUUGAUUUCAUGGGUGAAAUCCGAGGAAACAAAGUAAGUUUUGACCCAGAUCAUGUAGUUCUCACUGCUGGUGCAACCUCCGCCAAUGAAACUCUCAUGUUUUGUCUCGCUGAUCAAGGCGACGCUUUUCUUCUUCCUACGCCAUAUUACCCAGGUUUUGAUAGAGAUCUGAGGUGGCGAACUGGGGUUGAAAUCGUACCCAUACAUUGUACGAGUUCUAAUGGCUUCAAAGUCACUUUACCCGCCAUUGAACAAGCUUAUCGACAAGCUCAGAAAAGGAAGCUGAGAGUGAAAGGGGUUUUAAUCACCAACCCUUCUAACCCAUUGGGGACGACAAUGGCGAGAGACGAAUUGGAUUUACUCAUCAACUUCAUUGAAGACAAACAAAUUCAUUUAAUCAGCGACGAAAUUUACUCCGGCACUGUUUUCACCUAUCCAUCCUUCGUAAGUGUAAUGGAAGUUUUAAAAGAUCGAAAUCUCGAUCAAACUCAAGUCUGGGAAAGAGUUCAUAUUGUAUACAGUCUUUCUAAAGAUUUGGGUCUUCCUGGUUUUCGAGUUGGUGCUAUUUACUCCAACGAUUCCGUCGUUGUCUCCGCCGCCACUAAAAUGUCCAGUUUCGGCCUUGUUUCUUCUCAAACACAAUAUCUACUCUCUGCCAUGUUACUCGACAAGAAGUUCACGAAAGAAUACAUGUCCGAGAACCACAAGAGGCUUCAAAAGCAACAAAAGGACCUGGUUUCAGGCCUGGAAAAAGCCGGCAUUAGGUGUUUAGACAGCAAUGCCGGGCUGUUCUGUUGGGUCGACAUGAGACACCUUUUGAAGUCCAACACGUUCGAAGCCGAAAUGGAGCUGUGGCAGAAAAUUGUUUACCAUGUUAAAAUAAACAUUUCGCCUGGUUCUUCAUGUCAUUGCAUUGAACCAGGUUGGUUUCGAGUUUGCUUCGCUAACAUGUCGGAAAGCACCCUGAAACUCGCCAUCCAACGGUUGAAAUCCUUCGUUAGUUCCAUCGGCAUGAAGUCCCAAAGCCACCAAGAGUUGAAAAGCUUAAGACGGAAAGCCCGCAACAAUUGGGUUUUUCGGCUUUCCUUACAGUCUUUCUAUGAUCGGGAACAAGACACUACAACAAAAGUUAGCUUUAGCUACCGACCACAUUUCAUGUCCUUGUCUAAUAUUGCAGCCACAUUAGAUGCGGCUGCAUAA